AUGUAUUCAAUGUUGAAUAAAGAUCAACGUUCAGCAGCCGAUAAAAUUCUUGCAGCUCAUCAUGAACAAUCAACUACUGGCUCAGGUUUCUUCAUAGAUGGACCUGGAUGUACAGGAAAAACUUACCUUUAUAACACCCUGUACCAUUUAUUCAUGGGACAAGGCGUCCAUGUUAUGCCAGUUGCAUGGACAGGAAUUGCUGCAAGUCUACUGCCCGUAGGAAGAACAGUACACAGUCGUUUCAAACUUCCUGUACCUAUCCUAGAAACAUCGACGUCCAGUAUUCGACCACACAGCAAGGAAGCGGAAGAUAUUAAAAAGACAGAAGUUUUUAUUUGGGAUGAAGCAUCAAUGGCUCCAUCAUAUGCUCCGAAGGCAGUUGAUAUAUUACUAAGAGAUAUAAUGAACAUUAAUCUGCCUUUCGGAGGAAAAAUUAUGGUACUCGGUGGUGAUUUUCGUCAAGUCCUACCAGUAAUUCGAUUCGCAAAUAGAUCAGACUUGAUUGCAGCAAGUCUAAAAAGUUCUGAUCCUUGGUCUUAUUUCAACGUCAUGCAUCUUAACCAGAACAUGAGAACAGGACCAGGUGAAGAAGAAUUCUCGAAAAGGUUAAUUAAACUUGGCAAUGGUGAAUUACCAUCAAACGAAUAUGAUGAAAUCGAAUUACCUAGUUCUUGCAUGCUUGAUGGUAAUUUGGUCGACGAGAUAUUUUGGCAGCGCAUUUCCAUCAAUGACAUUCCAACUCUAUGCAACAGAACAAUACUAUGUCCAAAAAAUGAACAUUCUCUCUUGGUAAAUGACGAAGUUCUUCAACGUCUACCCGGUAAAGAAAUAGUAUACACAAGUGUGGAUGACGUAGAAUGUGAAGAUGGUGAUGACGUGACCAACUAUCCCACAGAAUUUUUGAACAGCCUUACACCAUCAGGAAUGCCUCCUCAUAAACUUAAACUAAAGAUUGGUGCAAUUGUAAUGCUUCUUCGCAACCUCGAUGUACAGCAAGGUUUAUGCAAUGGUACUCGACUGAUCGUACGACGUUUACAAAAACCACACAAUUGA